AUUUAUGGGGUAUAUGGAGUGCAAAUAUUUAAAUGUUUAGCUAUUUUCUGUACCACAUUUUGUAAUCUCGUGUUUUUUUUAUUAAUUUUCUAAAGUUACGCUGUAAGUUAUACUUUCUUACAUAAACUUAACCUGCGUGUUUACAUUUAUUUACGAUGUAAACUAAAUUGUUGAUAUUUGUUAACGAGUUAUGUGAUGAAAAAUAAAAAUGAGCUGGUUUGAUACCUCUGGGAUUGCCAGUUUGGCAAAAUCGGCCUUAAAAGAGGCCCAGAAAACCAUCGAUAAAGCUUUAGAUAUUCAAGAUGAAAAUGGUUCCGGUGAAAAACGUACAACAAAUACUCCAGUCACUCCAACCUCUGCAGUGGUUGAUCCAGAAAAUUUUUUUGCUACCUGGGGCUUAAAUGAACCAUCACCUCAAGCUAGUAUCACAUAUCAACAACCCAUCACGAAGAGUCCAACAAAGUCCCAGAAAAGUGCAAUGUCAACAAGUUUAUGGGGUUCAUUUACAGGAUCCUUUUUCGAACCGACCGGGAAAGAUUCAGUUAUAGGAGAGAGUAGCAAAGAUAUUGAGGCUGAAAGUUUAGCCGAUGAUUCGGUAAACGAAAUUUUUAAUGAAAGUAAAUUAGUUGUUGAAGAAAUUAUUGAUGAUCGAUUGGAUGUUGAUCCUGAUAAAAUGAAGUUAGAAGAAAAUACAUCGAAAAAUGAAAUAUUUACGGAAAUUGUUUCAAAUAUUGAAACGUUAUCAAACGAAGAAAAAUUACCCCCUGUUAUAAAACGUAAAGAAAAAUCGAAUAGUGCGUAUUGUAAUCGUUUAUCAAUCAUUUCUAGUGAAAGUGGUCGAAAUAGUUCUGAUUCGGUGGAAAUUCUUGGUUCUAGUGAUACUGGAUGUACUUCAACACCUGAUUCAGAAAUGAUUUCAUAUGGUCAUUCUUUAUCAACAUCAAGUUCUGGAUUACGUAAUUCUGAUUCAGUUGAAAUCAUUCCAGAUAGUUUAACAAGUCCUAGUUCAAUUGAAGUUCUUAGUGGUAACAACACAGUUAAUACAGAUGAUGAAUUUCUAUCACCGAGUUCAGAUUUACCUGAAAUUACCGAUACUAGUGAAAGUAUUUCAAAAGUAUCCCCAGAAAGUAUAGAAGUUAUUCCAGAAGAUGAUGAUGAGGAAACGAGUAAUGCCGAUGAUUCAAUUUCGUUUACAUCAUUUUCAGAAAGUACAAUGAAUACAGUUUUAGAACAAUUUCAAUCACGAUUUGAGCCUCAUACCGGUAAACUACGUGAAAUGAGUGAAUCUACUCCGAGUGAUUUAUCAUUGAGUCCAGAUAAAAGUAUGAGUUCUUUCGGGGAGCCUAUAACUCGACCACCUAGUAAAACUGGAAUGCAUUUAUCGUUGGCACAUACAACAAAAGAUACAAUUUCAAAAGAACCUUUAACAACGCUAAUCGAUACUCAACCUCAAGUUUCAAAUCAAAGUAUAACAGCUUUAGUUGAAUCUCCAAAUGUUAUAAAUCCUGUAGAUGAAGAAUCUGGACCAGACGAUGGGUCAUUGUCAGAUCGAACAAUUACAGCAAGUGAAGGAGACCCUACAACUUUUAUGGAAAGUAGUACAGAAACUGUUACAACGAAUGAAAGUUCAGUAUACGUAAAAAAUAUGUUAGCUGAUGCAAUGAUUGAAAAAGCUAAUGAAAAGAAGAGUAAAACACCUGAAAUAAUUCGGGAACAAUCUCCAAUGUCAUCAGAAAGUCGAAGUGAUUUAAUCAAAAUCGAAUCUGAACAUACAUCAGAUCAUACAUCCGGGGAUGAACUUGAAACAACAACUUCAUCUGAUAUCGAAAUCAUAUCUAGUCCAAAUGGUGACAGUAGUUCUACCCAAAGUGUGAGCCGACAAAGUCCUGCAAAAUUAUUUGGAUUUAAAGGUUUAGAAUUAGUUAGUAAAACUAUGAUGACCAAAAUAAAAGGACAUAAUCGUGAAUUAUCUGAAGCUAGUAGCCAUAGUGAUGAUAGUCACUUGGAAGUUGAAAAAUUAUUGAGACGUAUUUCAGAAAUGACCGAAAUUUUAGAAGCACGCGAAGCGAAAUUGGUUGAUAUGAAUAGACAGAAUAUGGAAUUAGCUGAAAAUAAUGCUGAAUUAAAAACUCAAUUGUAUGCUGUUCACUCAAAGCAAUUGGAAUCAGCCGAUGUUAAUCAGGUCACUGAAGAGUAUACCCAAAGAAUGUCAGCAUUAGAACGGAAGUUUCAACAAGCUAUUCGUGAACGCGAUAAUUUACGGAAACAAAUGGAUGCUCUGAAACAAGAUUCAACACGUGUGUCGAAAAGUGAUUUAGAAGUAUCACUUCAAGAAAAAGAUGAUAUUAUUAAAGAAUUAAGAGAAGAAGGUGAAAAAUUAUCGAAAACGCAACUUCAGCAGUCUAAUAUAAUUAAAAAAAUUCGUGCAACUGAAAAGGAAACUGCAAAUGAGAUUAAACGACUCAAAACACAAUUAGAAGAAAUUACAACUGAAAAUGAACGAUUAAAGAAAUCAUUAUCGGCAAAAGAAAAAGUCGAACGUUCACAAAUUGAAGCAAUCCAUCAAUUAACAUCAAAAAACAAUGUUUUAGAUCGUGAAAAUAGUUUGUUAAAAAGUCAAUUAGAUGAUACAACACAACGAUUAGAAACAAUAAAAACAUCAUUAGAUGCAGCUAAAAAAGAAUUGUCUGAUAAACAAAAUGCUAGUCAUGAAUUAAGUGUACGUGAAAAAGCACUAGCUGAAAUGGAAACAUCAAAACGUAUAACACAAUCACAGAAUGAGGAAAUAUUAAAUCAAUUAGAAGAUUUACGUGACAAAUUACGACAAACAGAACAAGAAUAUUCACGUAAAGAAGCAGCAUUACGUGAUGAGAAUAAUGAAUUGUUAAGAAGAUUAGAAAAUUCUGAGGCACGUAAUGAAGAGCUGGCUGAAUCCAUAUCUCAAGCAACGAAACCUUUAAUACGACAAUUGGAUUCUCUACAAUCAACGUAUAGUUUUAAACAGAAUUCGUGGGAAAAACAAGAACAGGAACUUUUGGAUAAACUAAAUGAAGCACAAACUUCACUUGUUACGUUAACAGAAAAUGAAAGACAAGCACGACAGGAUUGUUUAAAUUUACGAUCUAGGGUAUCUACAUUGGAAACGAAUUAUAAUACAGCUUUACGUCAGAAUGAUGAGCUUAUUUCACAAAUAGAGGAAUUAAAAACUCGUCGAGCAAUAGCAGAAAAUGAAUUACAAAAACAAAAAGAAAAGUAUGAAAACGAACUAUUAAAAGCUAAUGAAGAAAUACAAAGAUUAUCAAGUGAAAUAUUGGCUUUAAAUCAACAAUUAGAUAAUGAAAAACAAAUUUUAGAAACAGAAAAAAUGCGGAUUAUAGAAUUACAGGAUCAACUGCAGCAAAGGCACGAACCGUUUUCUGAACAACAUUCUUUAACACCACAAGCUCAACAAACUUUGGUUAGACGUGAUUCAUCGCCAACACUUUCUUUAGGUCGAAUUUCACUUUCUGAAUCUCUUGGUAGCAUUGUUUGGCCACAAGAUGAUAAUUUAGAAUGUGGAGCUUCAGCUUCCGGACGUUAUAGUACUGUCUAUGAUAGUAUACGUGGUAAUCCAACAGCUAUUUUAGAAAAUUUACAAUCAACGUUAAAAUUACGUGAUGGCGAAAUACAACAAUUACAAUGGGAAAUGUCUAGACGUGAUAAUGAACGUACAUUGUUGACAAAUGAACUAGCAUUAUUAACAUCGAAAUUAGAACAAUUAGAAACACAUUGUGCUAAUUAUGAUCAACUGAAUUUACAAUUUAUUGAUAUCAGUCAAAAAUAUGAUGCAAUGUGUCAAAUGUAUGGUGAAAAAGUUGAAGAAGUACAAGAAUUACGUUUAGAUUUACAAGAUGUCAAAGAAAUGUAUAAAACACAAAUUGAUGAAUUGUUAAAUAAAAAACAGAAGGAUGGUUAACAUUUUUAUGGUAUUUAUAAGCAUCGCUCUUAUAUCACAGUGAAACCUCAAGGUUAAGUGAGAUAUCAAGGGCCCUGCAAAUUUGUCUCACUUAUAGAGGUAAAAUAAAAGUAAAUAAUAUUCUACCUAGAGCAGGUAGAAUAUGAAUAUCUAUAACAUAGCUAAAUUUCAAAUCGAUAAAGCAAAGAGUAUAAU